UUGACGUUUGGUUGCGCGCGCUGGUGUACCAAUAAAAGACGAGCAAUCAUAUUCAUCUGUCAACAGUGUGUCAAGUUAUGUAUUGGUGGACGAAAUUUAAUGUUUUCACGAUAAUUUAUUCAAUACCAUAUCCAGAACAUCGGGUAGGUGUUCUAUUUUCGAGCCCACACUUUGCUGCAUUGGUAGCCUGAAAACAUUUUGACAAUUCAUAAUUUACACAUCAAAUUAGUAGGACGAACACCUACCCUCAUUCAUUUGGAUCGAACGAUUUUGUAAUAAAUUUUGCCGUGUAACAAACAAACGAAAGUGUGCAACAAGCUCAUACAUAAUUCAGUGUUUUGUUUAUUCUUCUUUUUUUCUGUGAACAAUAAUUUUCAAUAACACACAAUGGAGACAAUGGAAUAUGAAAUGGCCAGAAACAUGACGUUGCUAUUUUUCCUGGAACGCCUGUUGGAUAAGGGUGAACCACGAACGUUACACGAUCUGUCGUGCCAGUUUGGUGCGAAAGGAUUUACGAAGGAAAUGCGACAGAUUGCUGGUGGUAGUCAAUCGGGACUCAAAAAACUACUGGCCCAAUAUCCAGCACUAUUCAUAAUCGAUGGUGAUUUCGUUCACGUCAAUUCACAUCAAGCGAGUGCAACUAGCGACAAGGGUAACUGUGGCGCAGGAAAACGCGACUAUAUUCAAGAGUCGAAAGACUAUUUUAAACACAAAUUGCUGCAGUACGGCAUCGGCACCGAGGUACCAAUAAAAUGUUUGCUCGGUCAUCGCAGUCAAGCGUCACCGCAAGUUCGACACAUAUCAGGUCAACAUAUCAAAGAAUUCACAGAAUUUCUGUCAAAGCAUCCGGACACGUUUCAAGUGGUUGACGAAAGUGUUCUAUUGGUCGGAUGCGAUGAUUUACAGGAUGUGCCUAUUUCGGAGCGUUUACAUCUUCCACAGCCAUCCAUCGACACGAAAGCUACGCAACAGAUUUUAGACUUUUUCGUUCAAUGGAUAGAAUUGAAAGGACCAACACUUGUCGAUCAACUGUUCCACUUGGUCACAUCGAAUUUCCGUCAGGAUCAUUGGUUUUCCAUGUUCAAAACGUCCAACGAUUUGAGCACAUUUCUGAAACUCUUCUCCGAUUGCUUCCACAUCCAAUCGAAUCUAGUCACCUUGUUACAAAAACCGAAGCUGUCCGAUGCAUACAUACAACAGGCCCAAAAUCGUACCCGUGACCAAUCGAACAACAAUUUCGUCAAUUCGACGAACAGAGUGCAAUCGCCCGCUGUGCGAACUGGCAGCACCAAUGGACCGGUCGGUGAUUUCAAAUUGAAUGAACCAAUUUCGAAUAUGACCACCGCGCUAACGAACAAUCAUGUGAAAAGUGAACCGAACAGUGGAUUCGACAGCUACGUUCCCGAUUUGGACAUAAAAUUGGAAAAUUUGUGUGACAAUAACUGUCCGAAAUCGGGCAGCAGCUCAAGUGUAUCGAGUCCAAUCAGCAGCAAUAGCCCGGCAUCGUCGCCGCAAUCAAAUAACAACGAUCGGUUGGCUGGCAGCAACAAAAAUCAAACGCUGAAGCAACGUAUCAACAGUCUGGUGAUGAAAACUUUGGUCGAAAAUUUGGAAAAGGAAAAGCAGACCGUUUCGUACCAGACGAGUCGCAACAAUGCGAACACCAUUCCGAAUCCGGCCGACGUUCGCACCGUGCCGAAUCAAAUUGCUUCUAGUCACAAUUACUUUGUGGGCGAUACGUGGAAGAUAAAAAUUCUGCACAACACACGGGUCAUUUCAACCAUCAAAGAAAGUGUCUUUGUCACUGAUGCCAUAAUGAACAGUGGUGGUAACAGUGGUGAACAAGUCGUCGUGUCCCUCGAUUGCGAAGGCAUCAAUCUGGGUGUUAAAGGCCAGCUGACGUUGAUCGAAUUGGGGACUACGCGUGGGGAAGCUUUCAUUUUCGAUGUGCUGACUUGUCCACAAAUUAUGACCGAUGGUGGCUUGAAGGCGCUACUUGAAAGCGAUCGAGUCAUUAAAGUCAUCCAUGACUGUCGUAACGAUUCGGUCAAUUUGUUCUCCCAAUUUCACACAAUUCUACGGAACGUUUUCGACACACAAUCCGCUCACGCAGUCCUUCAAUACCAGGAUCAUGGGAAGCAGGUGUACAAAGUUAAAAAUCUGUCGUUAAAUACGCUGUGCGAAUUGUACAACGCUCCGCCCAAUCCAAUGAAGGAUCAACUGAAGAGUGUCUACCGAAGAGAUCAAAAAUACUGGGCACGACGGCCAUUGUCUCGGGAUAUGUUGCUGUAUGCAGCUGGUGAUGUGCUGGUUCUCAUCAACGAACAACUGUACGCUUCCAUGGCGUUAGCGAUCAAACCGGAAUACAAGACCUUGCUGUCGGAACUGUGUACGGAACAAAUUUUGAUGCUGAUACAUCCGAACGAUGUGAAAAUGCGCAAAAAACAAAGAAAGGUCAGCAACGAGGUAGCCGACUUGAAGCAAAAACUGUCUGUGUCUAUGAAGAAUGUCGUACUGAGCAACCGAGAGAUAAGACUUUUAAGAUUCUUAGAUUUAACGGAAGAUGAGAAGGAAAAACUUCGCGGUUCGUACAAGGUAGCCAAAAAGCUGGACAAACUUGAAAGUAUGGGGCAAGACAGAGAUAACAGCGAUUCCGAAGAUGAGGCGGAAGCCGAACAAGAUUACGCCAGUCUGGACAGUGUUCCAUCGGAUAAUUCAUUGCCCGGCGGUACAUUCUCCCCGCGAAGCUCCGAACCGCCAAGUUUAACCGAAUCGAUGCAUAUGAUGGAUGAAAUUUUAUCGAAUAAAACGAUGGAUCGAUUUUCGAAAAUUGAUAAGCUAGAAGCCAUUCUGUCAGCUGCUACAUUUUUACCGAACGAGCAGGCAUUUUCUUCAACCACUGACAACACUAACAAUUUCAUUAGUGAGCUAACAUCUAAGGAUAAAGAGCUGAGAAGUUCGAAGUCGUGCACUUGUAACUGUCAUAGUGGCGGUACCCCUGGUAAAACGAUUGUUCGAUCACAACCGGCCAAUGUAAGUUACGUCGACGAGAGCGUUCAGACUCUCAGUACUGGCGAUAUUGUUAUAACGAAAAUCCACUAUAAAGAGGAACGGGAUAAAGUUCAAGAUAAAGUGCUAACGUCAUCGCCGAAGAAAUUAUUUUUGUAAGUUUGUUUAUCGCGAGAAUUUGAAGAAACACGAAAAUGAAAUUGGGCUUCCUUCCAGCACAGCCACUCUUAUUGUUUUAUAAAAUAUUGUGUAUUCGACGGUUCUCGGUUAACUUUUUUUUUCUUCUUCGUUAAAAUGUGAAUUGAAAUUAAAUGAAAAAAUCUUUUGAGUUA